AUGCUACUAUUACUAAUAGUAGUUUUAUUUGGAGGGAGUCAGGGUGCCUUAUCCCGCCUGCAGCUUGUUCAAAAUGCUGCUGGGAAGUUUUUGGAAGGCAAACGUAAAUUUGAUCAUGCUAUGCCCAUAUUGGCAGCUUUACACUGGUUACCUGUUUUCUAUAGAAUUCGUUUUAAAAUUUUGUUAUUGGUAUUUAAAGCCCUAAAGGGGUUGACCCCAAUUUAUUUAUCAGAGAUGUUGCAUCCUUAUUUUCCUGCUCGGGCACUUCGCUCAGAAGAUUUGUCUUUACUUGAGGUCCCAAGGUCACGAUUAAAGACGAGGGGAGACAGAGCUUUUGCUGUUGCAGCUCCAAAACUUUGGAAUGAGCUUCCACUUUACAUUCGGCAGUCUUCUUCAGUGGCAGUUUUUAAAUCAAAUCUUAAGACUUAUUUUUAUGAUUUGGCUUUUAGUAAUAUAAGCUAUGGUUCCAUGCUACCUAUCUUGGGUGACAAACAACUGUUUCCUUCUUUUCUUCGUACUACAAGCAAUGUCACUGCUCAGGUGAUUGGCAUUUCUCAGCUAAUGAAACACUUUGCCUGGACGUGGAUUGGAAUUCUAGCAGGUGAUAAUGACUUAGGAAGAGAAGGCAGUCAGGAUCUUUUAUGGGAACUUACUAAACAAGGCAGCUGUGUAGCUUUUGUAGAAAUAGUACCUGCUUACAAUUCUAAGAGCAGACUUCGGCAAAUUGCUGAGAAGAUCAGGUCAUCAUUAGUGAAAGUGAUAAUUGUUUAUGCCACACAACUGUACAUUAUACCAAUAAUGGAAGAAAUCACACUGCAGAACAUAAGUAACAAAGUCUGGGUUGCCCCAUCUUACUGGGCAUACUCUUUAGUUUUCCAUGUCAAGGACAUCUGGAAGACAUUAAAUGGCACUUUACUUUUUUCAAAGAACAAUCCAGAAAUUCCAGGGUUCCAGGAUUUUGUGCUCAACAUUAUUCCUUCUUUGCCAACUAAUGAUAUAUUUCUGGCUCUUUUCUGGGAAACAGUUUUUCAGUGUAAGUGGCUGACUGAAAAUAUCACCAUUGUCUCAGUACAGAAGAACGAUACUACAGCAUUUUGCACAGGCACUGAAAGCCUGAAAACUCUACAUAUGUCUGUAUAUCAGUCCUAUAGCUUCCAAGAAGCAAUAAGCACAUAUAAUGCUGUGUAUGUUGUAGCACACGGACUGCACAGUCUGUUAUCAUGUGAUUUUAAGGAUGUGACUUCACAGAAUGAAUCGUGUGCAGGUGCUGCAAACCUUCAGCCAUGGCAGCUUCUCAGCUUUAUAAAGGAUGUUAAUUUUACGAAUACAGCAGGUCAGGCUGUCUAUUUUGACAUGAAUGGUGAUAUGCCAAACCAGUAUGACAUCCAAAACUUUCAGUGUUUCGUAAAUGGAACGAGCAAGACUGUAAAAGUAGGCAUCUUCAAGUCAUGGGCUCCCGCUGAUGAGCAGAUUCAAAUAGACCCAAGAGCCAUUCUGUGGAGUGAUGGCGCUGCAAAGGUCCCACAAUCUGUUUGCAGUGAAAGCUGUGGCCAAGGAUAUAGGAAAUCUGCUCGUAAGGGGCAGCCCAUAUGCUGUUUUGAUUGCAUUGAGUGUUCUGAGGGGGAAAUAUCAAACCAAACAGACAGUAAUGACUGCAUAAAGUGCCCAGAUGAUGAGUGGCCUAUCAGUGAACAAAGCAAAUGUGUUCCAAAAAACAUUGAGUUCUUGUCUUACAAGGAGCCAUUGGGGGCAUCCUUAGCUGUUACUAGUGUUUGCUCUUCUGUCAUCACUGUUUCUGUUCUCUGCAUCUUUAUCAAGUUUCGAGACACCCCAGUUAUCAAGGCCAACAACCGCAAACUGAGUUAUCUGCUGUUGCUUUCGCUCUUUCUCUGCUUCCUCUGUUCCUUGUUAUUUAUUGGUUAUCCUGAAACAGUAACAUGCCUAAUGCAGCAAGUUGUUUUUGGUUUCAUUUUUACUUUCAGUGUCUCUUGUAUAAUGGCAAAAACGAUUACAGUCAUUGUUGCUUUCAAUACUACCAAACCCAACAGCUCCAUGAAGAAGUGGGUUGGGACUAAGACACCAGGUUUAGUCAUUAUCUUGUGUUCCAUGGGCCAAAUUAUAAUAUGUACUACCUGGUUAUCUAUGCACCCACCCUUUCCUAAUGAGAAUAUGAAUAUAAAACCUGGUAAGAUAAUCAUUGUAUGCCAGGAGGGGUCAUCUGUAGCCUUUGCUUGCAUGCUAGGAUAUAUGGGAUUUUUAGCAAUGCUGUGUUUGGCAAUUGCAUUCCUGGCAAAGAAACUGCCAGAUACCUUUAACGAGGCCCAAAUGAUCACCACUAGCAUGUGCAUUUUCCUCAGUGUUUGGAUGUCUUUCAUCCCUGCUUACCUUAGCACACAGGGUAAGUACAUGGUUGCUGUGGAGGUAUUUGCUAUCUUGGCUUCAAGUGCUGGGUUACUGUUCUCAAUAUUCAUCCCUAAAUGUUACAUUGUGCUGCUACGGCCUCAGAAGAACACCAGAAAGGAUGUAAACCUGUCUGCAUAUGGCAAACAGCAAAAUCACUGUGCACAUCCUUGUUAG